AUACAUUGUAUUGUAAAUCCAGGGUCGUCGGCCUUUACUUAUGAGGGUAUGUGUUCUCUGUAUAGACCUAUACAUGUAUAUACUGAUAAAUUUCACAAUUUUACUGGCAUUUUACUGCUUGCAUAUACAAAGUGAACAUCAAUAGGCCGCUUCGGCCCAGCUGGUAUCAGGAUACUCUUUCGACACAAGAUUGUAUUCACAAAAUAUCGGAUAAAGAUAGUCUAGCUACCAUAAAGGGGAUGACAGACUUGAGGAGAGGUUCACCGGGAUUUCAACAGUUUUGAUCUGACUUUCGUCCUUGCUGUGCUGUGGAAUCAAUUCAUCAUGCAGAAGACAUGGAUACUCGUCCUAAUCGCCCUCGCUUUCGUAACUUUAGUACUAGCAGAUAAUGACAACGAAGACGACAUCGACAUGGCUGGUAUGUGUCCCGUCGAAGAAUUCGAGGAGGAGGAGGAGGUAGAAGAGAAAACGUGUAAAGCUCCGGGUCAUCCAUGUGAUUCGAACCCUUGUCAAAAUGGUGGUACUUGCUAUGAAAAGUUCGGUGCGUUAACCUAUUACAGAUGUUACUGUACUCAAAGUUGGAUCGGAAGACAUUGUGAGAAUGUUUCGACGAAACCCAAGCCAGAAAGACAGCAAUUUCCAGGACGUUAUAUUCCGUGUUUCGCAAAAAAAUUCAACAAGGACGGAAUAUGUUACGACGAUCUAUACGACUUUUAACCGUGAAAAGUAACGUUAAUGCCUUCAGUAUACAUAAACAGUAAAAACGCUGUUUAAGAUUUUAUACAACGCUGUUUACUAUAUCUUACAGUAUUUGUUUAACCGUUUAAACAAUCAUGUUUAAUUUAUUGAAGAUUAGAAAUUGAAAAAUAAACUUUGUAGCUUAAGAUUUAAACAAUUGUUUAAACUGUUUAAACAAUUACUGUAAGGUUCAUAUAGUAAACAGCGUUGUAUAAUUUUUUUUAUUGUGUAUAACCAUAUGGCACUGAUUAUAUCCGGAUUAUGAACGACUCUCAGACAACUCUGCGAAUUGAAUUCAUUAACAGAAGAAACCAUGAAGAGAUCCCGGAUCUUGCUUCGUUCCAACGGUACCAUGAUCAUCGACCCUGGCUGCCGGUCUCGAAUUACCACAAUAAAAGGAAACCGUUUCCCUUAAUGUUCUCAGAUUUAUUCAAAAGGCCCACAAGUUUAACGUGCAAGAGCUGAUGGUCGGAACGAAAAGGGAUUAAUCACUAUUCAUAAAUUCACAACGAGGGUCAUUAUACUCAUAUAAGUUUCGCUAUUCAUAAUCUGAAAUCGGGAUCGUUAUUCAUAAAACUGUAGAAGGGUCACUGCAUCAAAUUUGAAUUGAAUUGAAUUCAUUUAUUUCCAAUUAAAAAAGAUGCAAAAUCAAGAAUAUACAAACAUUACAAAGUAUAGAAAUGAGACAUUAUGCAAAUGACGAAUCAUACUUUAAAAUAAAUGCAAAAUACUUCGUUUUAUAUAUACACAUUAGGAAAAUUGGAUGCCCAUGGAAGCAGUAUGCUUGUAAGGUUGGGUCACCCAGAAAAUAUAUGUCAGUAAAUGAUAGAAAACAUAAAUUAUAGGUACCAAUACUGAAAGAGGGUCACUUUACGUCUUAAUGGACAAAGAUUUUCAUUAUAUAGUUGAUCGGAGAAUAUGACCAUUAGUCUCAAUGUGAGAAGUCGCCCAUUUGUCUAUGAGUUGAUUUAUGUAUUACUAAUGGUAAACAUUAAUUCAUUCGAUAAUUACUAGCGAGAAGCGACCAUAUCAUGACCCUCUUAUGACUAGCAACCUAACGAACAGUAAACAAUAUAGGAGGUAUAUCCUUUCCCCCAAGAAUAGAGAGACCUUUAUUGUUCAAGAUCCCUUUCCGUGUUUUGACUAGCAACCCAAUUCAGACAUUAUGAAUAGCGACCCUUAUGAGCAUUUUCCUAUUAUGACUAGUGAUUCAUUUGGCAAGCGGAUAGACCCCAUGAUGAGGGAUCCGGAAGUUGAAGAAAUACCAUAGACAAUAGAAUCCAUGAUAUUGAAAACAGUAUUUUACAAAAAAGAAGACGCGAUGCAUGUUUUAAAGAAUUAUAUUUCCUUUCACCCUUGAACCUUAUGCGUAUGUGGAUUGUUGCACAUUUUAGAGUGAGGGGGGGGGGUCGAUUUUUUAUUUUUCAGAACCCGACCAAGUGUUCUUGCCAGCAGACCAUUCCAUUACGUUAUAAGCUGAUUGUGAAGCUUCGAUUCUUUUUGCAGCACGUACCGAGUAUGCCUCAAUUAUAAGGUCACAAUAAACAGUAUAAAAGUAAAGCUACUAAAAACAAUCAGUAUAAAUAGUUUGAUAUUUGAUUGUUACUUGAUUUAUUUUGGUUCAUUUUUUUUAAUGGGAUUUUCGAUUCAUGCCUGUGUAUCUUGCUUUAAAUUGAUGAUUCGAGCACUUUAGAUGGACAUAUCGGCUUAAAAAUGAAUCGGAAAGCUGGUAAAGAAAAUUGUAUCGCGUAUCGAGAGAAUAAUUGCGACUGAGAUAUAAAUGAUUUUAAAAAAAUCUAUCAUUGCUUUGGGGAUUUUAUUUUUGGACGUUAUUCAUUUAACGGAAUGCAACAUAACCAUUGGCGGCGGAAGCCAAAAGUUUUAGGGGGGACCACCACACUUUUUGACAAGCAAAAAAAAAAGAGGUUAUCAACCAAAAAAUUGAAGGGGGGUCGUCCCCCCACCUCAAAUUUAUGGGGGGGGGGACACGUCCCCCCCCCCCCCCGCUUCCGCCGCCUAUGAACAUAACUGUUUCAAAAAGUGGUUUGUUGGUCUAUAUCAUUAUUUAAUAAAAACAUGUGUACUUUGUUCA